GCCAGUCUAUUCCAAUACUGCCCUUAGCGCUUGUCAAAAGCCGGUCUUUGCCCAGUAUCGAAUAUGUUGUAGCACAUUCUCGUGUGCUAUUACACUGUAAACUAAAGUACAUUUAUUAUCCGUCGUAUAACCAUACGUAGCUUGGAAUUAGCAGUGUUGGUUAUCGGUCAGUUAUUGAUCAAGCCCUCCGCCCUGCACAUCUCAUUGAAAGGACACCGAUCGGGAUUAUUUGUACCUACAGAUGUUUCGUCUAUUAUAAUGCAAGAUGCAUGCUGAUGCUCGGAAGAGGCUGCUCGACUCCGUAUUACUCAUCCUUUUAACCUCCUCCACCUACUGAAAAUAAUCGUAAACAGCUGAAAAUUGUUGAUUUUUUGGGGGUAAGUGAUCAUUUAGCAGGACGCAACAGUGUGUCCGCCCAUAUUUAUGUAAAGCACAGCCUCCGAGCGCAGGCCAUGUAGCCUGGAAAGAACAGAAUUCAUCUCUGUUUCGUAUGAAACUGUCGGUUUUCGGUUAGAAAAACCGUUGAAACACUUCAAGCGGAGUGUCAGUGGAUAUAUGCGCCUUUAUACACGCGGUUUAAAUGGAUAAUAACAUUAUGGCAAGGUCAUGAUAAACGCUUGAGUCACUAGAGGCUUUUCAGACGCGGAACUUACAGCAAACCCAAAGGUGAAGAAUGACAGAAUAUAAGCUUGUGGUCGUGGGGGCUGGAGGCGUGGGAAAGAGCGCACUCACCAUCCAACUCAUCCAGAACCACUUUGUGGAUGAAUACGACCCAACCAUAGAGGACUCCUACAGGAAGCAGGUGGUGAUUGACGGGGAGACAUGUCUACUGGACAUCUUGGACACUGCAGGUCAGGAGGAGUACAGCGCCAUGAGAGAUCAGUACAUGAGGACAGGAGAGGGCUUCCUCUGUGUAUUUGCCAUCAAUAACACCAAGUCCUUUGAGGACAUUCACCACUACAGAGAGCAGAUAAAGCGAGUAAAGGACUCAGAGGACGUCCCCAUGGUCCUGGUGGGGAAUAAGUGUGAUCUUCCAUCCCGCAGUGUGGACACCAAGCAGGCUCAGGAUUUAGCACGUAGCUACGGCAUCCCAUUUAUAGAGACCUCAGCAAAGACGAGACAGAGAGUGGAAGAUGCCUUUUAUACUCUGGUACGGGAGAUCAGGCAAUACCGGCUGCGAAAACUCAGUAAAGAAGAAAAGACGACACAAUGCAUCAAACUUAAAAAAUGUGUUUUGAUGUGAAAGGGGGCGUGGACGACGCGUUUUAUACUUUAGUCCGAGAAAUCCGGAAACACAAGGAGAAGAUGAGCAAGGAGGGCAAGAAGAAAAAGAAGAAAUCCAAAACAAAAUGUGUAAUAAUGUGAACAAGCCUUUCCUGUCAUUAUAGACUCAAACAAACAAGUUCCACAACUGCAUUUUGUACAUUACACUAAAUUAUUAGCCUCUUCAGAAAUACAGAAUGGAUCCUUAUUCUACUUGCUUUCUUAAGAGAAAUAAGCUUUACUUCUCGUUCGGUGCCAGUUGCCCCAAAGUGUUGGUCCCUUGACACCUUUAUGGCUUAUUUUAUCGAGUGGGUUGUCAGAGCUGGUUUUAUUUUGCAGUUGGUUUAUCUAGAGUAGUAAAGAAAGGUGUGGACUUAAAAAAAACAAACAAAAAAAAAAAAAGGCUUUUGGUGUGCUGUACGAGAGGGAACUAGCCGUGUAGCUGUUGUUUAGCCAUGAAAUUUGCAUGUGAGUCACUUGAUUUUACAGGAACUGAAACUUUGAGGAAUUGCUUUUUUUUAGGACCAACACUUUCAGGGGGUGUUUUGAUACAUUAUCACUGUGUAUGACCCUGCCUUUGGACGUCCCAGACUUCCAAAAACAACCUGCAUGUGAAAUUCCAUUGUAGUCGGAUUAACGCGCCCUUUCUUGAAAGCCAUGGUAAUGUAUAUAUGGUGAACUCUUAACCACGUUAACCUUAUUUCCCUGUUUGCAUGCUGUGUUCUGUUCAUUAAACUUCCAGGGAACUGUAAUGCGUCAAAUACUGUAUAAUAGCCACUGUUGUGUAGAAACGAUUGGCCUUUAUUUGUUUCAUUUUCAGUUAAACUCAUGAGGGUUUAUAUACCAGUCAAAAUCUGCUAAGAGGUAACGUCAUGUUAAAAUUUAUUGUCAUGUUAAACAGCAAAAGUAACUUUUUGUCAAAUUUAAUCUCUGAAGGUAGUGAUCUACACUAUCAGUCAAAAGUUUUUGAACAGUAAGAUUUUUAAUGUUUUUAAAGAAGUCUGUUCUGCUUACAAAGCCAGCAAAAACAGAAACAAUUUGAAAUAUUUUUACUGUUUAAAAUAACUGAUUUCUAUUUGAAUAUAUUUUAAAAUGUAAUUUAUUCCUGUUUUCACAGCUAAUUUUUAUUUCUACUCUACUCCAGUCACUUGAUCCUUCAGAAAUCAUUCUAGUAUUGCUGUUCAAAAAAAUCAAAUCAGCAUAUUACAAUGAUUUCUGAAGGAUCAUGUGACACUGAAGACUGGAGUAAAUCAUAGGAGUAAAUAACAUUUUAAAAUAUAUUCAUAUACAAAACUGCUAUUUUAAAUUGUAAAAAUAUUUCAUAUAUAUGAGCGCUGUAAUUUGGAUCAAAUAAAAGCAGGCUUGGUGAGCAGAAGUGAAUAUUUUUUUAUUUUUUUAUUUUUUUUUAAACUGUUCAAAAACUUUUGGUAAUUUACAUUUUAUAAAAGCCACCAGUCAAUUUCAGCAAGUGAAGAACAAAUUUAUUCUCGCACGUUUUAUGUAUUAGAUAUGUUACAGUUUUUGACCGACAGCAUGUUGAAGCCGCUCUGGUGGCAUUUUCUCCUCGGAAAGCGAUGAAGUUGUUCAAUUUUACACUACCUGGAUGUUUUAAGGAAAUGCGUGCACUCCCUGAACCUCUGCAGGCUUUUUGUAAAAAAGGUGUAUUGUGUAUGUUAUGUUUUGACAGACAAAAUAUUAUAUUCAGUGGUCUCAAAUUCAUAGGAGUGGUUGCUUUCAUUUGUCUUUUAUAAAUUUUUUUUUUUUUUUUUUUUUUUU